CACAAAUGACAAUGUCCCCCAGAUUUGUUUUCAACACUUCGAUGCUCACUACAACAUCAUCCAUUCUACUAACACUACGUAACCAUCUCCCACCGUCCAUAUCUCAAUAUCUCAUCACCUCACCCUAACAUCACCCUCUCAUUCACAAUCCAACGUCUCUAAACCGUCAAUCACCAAAUCACUAAAAUAAAACUGAACACAACAGAUAACAAAAUUUUCCCAGUAGAACCAAUAGGGUCCAAUACAGCUUGCUGUUGUGCCGUUGGUUCAACACACAGAAAGAAGAAGAAAGAAAAAAACAGCAGCGACUCAGUCUCAAAUUCUCUUCAUCUGAAAUCCCCAAAUUCAAAACCCUAAACCUAAAUUAGAUCAUUGUUUUAGUAUCACUGAUUGAUAGAUUGAGGGUUACUCCAAAAAAAAUCCUAGAUUUUGAUCUAAUUUUGCCUAAUUUUGAGUGGAAAUCAGUGAGGAUUUGCCCAUUGUAAUGAUCUCAUGUUAUUUUGUGGAUAAUUUGAGUGUCAAAUAUGAUGAACAGCCACAAUAGCAACGGUAUGAUAUCAUCAACUUCAACAAUUAAUAAUUCCCAAUCAGCAACAACAGCAGGAGGAGUGAAAACCUAUUUCAAAACCCCAGAAGGCCGAUUUAAAUUACAGUAUGAAAAAGCUCAUCCAACUGGUUUACUUCACUAUUCUCAUGGUAAAGCUGUUACUCAGGUAACGACAGCGUAUCUUAAAGAGAAAUCUGCACAAUUGCCACCAACGCCGACUUCUAGUUCGAAUGGUGGUAGUGGAGUUAGGUUGUUGUCUGCUGCUAGAUUUCUAGGAGGUAGUAAUGGGAGUCGUGCACUUAGUUUUGUCGGUGGGAAUGGUUCGAGUAAAACGGUAGCUGGAAAUGGUAGGGUUUCAUCGAUGGGUUCUGGUACAAGUACUAGUAAUUCUUCGGCUACUUCGAAUUAUGAUGGGAAAGGAACUUAUUUGAUCUUCAAUGUUGGUGAUACUAUUUUUAUCAGUGACUUGAAUUCACAAGAUAAGGAUCCCAUCAAAUCAAUUCAUUUCAGUAAUUUAAAUCCUAUAUGCCAUGCAUUUGAUCCUGAGGCUAAAGAUGGGCAUGACUUGAUUAUAGGACUGAACUCUGGAGAUGUGUACUCGGUGUCAUUGAGACAGCAAUUACAAGAUGUUGGGAAGAAGCUAGUUGGAGCUCAUCACUAUAACAAGGAUGGUUCAGUUAAUAACAGUCGAUGCACUAAUAUGGCAUGGGUACCUGAAGGUGAUGGAACCUUUGUUGUUGCUCACGCUGAUGGGAAUUUGUAUGUCUAUGAAAAGGGCAAAGAUGGUGCUGCUGAUUCUUCAUUUCCUGUUAUCAGGGAUCAAACUCAAUUUUCUGUUGCACAUGCGAGGUCCAGUAAGAGUAAUCCUAUUGCUAGAUGGCAUAUUUGUCAGGGUUCAAUUAAUAGCAUAUCUUUCUCAGCAGAUGGUACAUACUUGGCGACUGUUGGAAGAGAUGGUUAUUUGCGGGUGUUUGACUACUCCAAAGAACAGCUAAUUUGUGGUGGGAAAAGCUAUUAUGGUGCUCUAUUGUGUUGUGCUUGGAGCAUGGACGGGAAAUAUAUUUUGGCUGGAGGUGAAGACGAUCUGGUACAAGUUUGGAGUAUGGACGAUCGAAAAGUAGUAGCAUGGGGAGAGGGUCACAGCUCAUGGGUUAGUGGUGUAUCUUUUGACUCAUACUGGUCAUCACCAGCCUCAGAUGGCACAGGGGAAAGUGCCAUGUACCGGUUUGGUUCCGUUGGUCAAGAUACACAGUUGCUUCUGUGGGACCUGGUAAUGGACGAACUGGUGGUGCCUCUUCGACGCCCUCCAGGUGGUUCCCCAACAUAUAGCACCGGAAGUCAGUCUGCUCAUUGGGACAACAGCAUGUGCCCAGUAGGUACCCUCCAACCUGCUCCCAGCAUGAGGGAUGUGCCAAAGCUCUCUCCCGUAGUGACCCAUCGUGUUCACACUGAACCUCUAUCUGGAUUGACAUUCACCCAAGAAUCAGUUCUCACUGUAUGCCGAGAGGGACACGUGAAAAUAUGGAUGAGACCAGGUUACGGCGAACCUCAACCUACUAACAACAAUUCCUCAGAGAACGUGCUAAGUACCAGCGCCAAGGAAAAGCCGCAAUUGAGUAAAAUCAGAAUAACCCCUUAAUAGUAGUGACUUGUAUUUGUACUCUAAUAACAUUAUUCAAUAAUCACUUGGUUUAGGGUAAAACGAUUUUGGUUUUAAUGUCUAACCACACCAGCUUCCACCUGUUUAUUGGUCAAAGCUGUUAAAUUAUUUGUAUACCGAUCAAUAUCAGUUUAAACUUGUAUGAAGUGGUAAAGAUUAUACACCACCCUGUUCCUCUGUAAAUCUCUGGUGAUAUGUUGAGAGUAAAAGAGGUUACUCAGGCUUCCUCGCGGAGAACCGCCCACAUCAUCUAGGUCAUCUCCCAUUGAGAGCAGCUUCACCUUGCACCAUCAUUGUGCAUUAUGCAACCGUAGCAGUGCAUGUUCAGGGAUGCUGCUUCACUACCACGUUUGGGCUCAAGUCAUCUUAACAGCAGCAUGAGGUUGUCCUUGUGAGGUGUGAUGCAAGGAACUGAAGUGCAAACAUCCUAAACAUAAAGAAAGAAAGGAAAAAUGAUUGAAGCAUGGUGGGAUAGGUAAAAAUUCUAGAAGAUAGUGUUCGGUGUAAAAAAUGACUUUUGUUGUUGUUGUUUAUGAUGGCCUUUUUAGAUUGCUCUUUUUGUUUUUCAUUGGGUUUGCAGACACGUUUCCAGAUCUUAUAGUUGAUUAGAUGAAUUUUUUUGUUAGAUUUUUGUCAUUGUCAA